AUGCGGAGAUGGCGUGCCAUCUCGGGGGGGGACUUGUGGAAACGCGUGCAGCAAGGGGGGGCGUAUGGAAAGAGGGAGGCAGCAGCAGUGGUGGGGCGGCUGGUGGGGCUGCUGAAGGACUUGCACGCCCAGGGCAUCAUGCUCACACUCUCUUAUACCCUUUUCUCUUUCCUCUCCUCUCAUCUCCUCUGUGCCCCUCCUCCUUGUCUUCUCUCCCCUCUCGCCCUCCCAUGCCUGCCAUACUCCCUGCAGCACGUGCAUCUAGUGAUGGAUCUGUGUCAAGGAGGGGACGUGUGGCAGCGAGUGCAGCAGGGGGGGGCGUAUGGGGAGAGGGAGGCAGCAGCAGUGGUGGGGCGGCUGGUGGGGUUGCUGAGAGACCUGCACGCCCUGGGCAUCAUGCACCGGGAUGUGAAGCCGGAGAAUGUGCUUCUAAGGAGGGAGGAUGAUGACGUGGAUGUUGCAGUCAUUGACUAUGGUGUUUCGGUGUUCUUCAAUCCAGGUGAACGCUUUUCUGAGAUCGUAGGCUCGCCAUUCUACAUUGCCCCUGAGGUUCUCCACGAAUCCUACGGUCCAGAAUCCGACAUCUGGGCGGCCGGAGUGAUCCUGUUUGUCCUUUUGUCGGGGGUACUUCCCUUUUGGGGUGACUCUGACGAGGGGGUGUUUCGGGCUAUUUUGGAAAAGAGCGUGGAGGAGGAGAUGGAGAGAGAGGGAGUGUGGGAGAGUGUGUCUGACGAAGCGAAGGACCUGGUGAUGCGCAUGCUGUCAAAAGACGCCGCCCUCAGAAUCACGGCAGAUGAGAUUCUCGCUGGCCUUAUCUGUGGCCGGAAUGACGAUUACCUCGGCCAAUCUCUUCCGCACUCCUACUUCGAGACCCACGCUGACGUGGACUCGAGGGACGCCACGUCAGCUCCAGCUCAAGAAACGCCGCUUUUGCGAAUAUCCACUGCUUCCCCCGUUUCCCCAACCCCUCAUCCUCCCUCGUCUCCUUCCCCCCUCUCCCCCUGUUCUCUCCCCCUUUUCACGCCCCCUUUCUGUGGCCCCAUAUGUUUCCCCCCUUUUUGUCCCCCCUUUCUCCCCCCAUUCCCCCCUCCCUCCCCCACCCCUUUUUCCCUCUUUUUCCCCCUCCCACUUUCUGACGCAACGCACUACAGCAAGCAGCAGGUGCCACAGCGAUCCUCCAUGAAGCAAAAGGAAGGAGGAGGAGCCAACGAGCUGGAGAACGGUCCACUCCUUGUCAUUGUCACGAGACCCCCUAUUCUCCCCGCAUCGCUUCUUCCACACUCUCCCAGUUUCUCACGCCACGCACUACAGCAAGUAGCAGGUGCCGCAGCAAUCCGCCUUUCUGAAGCCACACACUACAGCAAGCAGCAGGUGCCACAACGAUCCGCUGUGAGGCGAGUGGAAGGGGGAGGAGCAUACGAACUUGAAAACGUGUGCAUACACGCUCGAUUCAAGGGAGGAGUGACCUUGCAUGGGGUAGAGGAUGUGCCGAGCGAUGGUGAUGGUUUACCCCUAUGCAACGAGGCAGGCUGUUUCACCUUCCCAGUAACCUACACCAAUGACAAGCUGCCACGUGGCAAGAGGGGGCACAGCGGAUGGAUAGAUGACGCUACAGCUGUCAUCAUGCCGCUGACGGCUGGCAAUCCUUGGCAUUUUCUGCACCACGCCAUCCCUCUGUCCCAUGUGGCUCCUUUCCUCUCAGCUCCUUUCCUCUCAGCUCCUUUCCUCUCAGCUCCUUUCCUCUCAGCGCCAUGCUCUUCCACAGCACACCUCUUCCCCUGCCUAGCCAGGGGGGUCGAAGGCAUGUUAGCCCACGCCUCCCACAUACAUGGGGAGGGCAGGCAUGAGGGGACCAUGCCAGAUGUAGACACCCGCACGCACGACACAGACGUGCAAGGCAUUCAUACCCAUGACGCCCGCACACAUGGAGCUGCGCACAUCACUGCUACUGGCAUCUCUGUGCCGCCCCCUGACUACUACUCCACUCGCCACUUCCCCUGGUGGCCGCUGCUCGCUGCUACUGCUCCUCCGGGUGUCACCCUCUAUCAGAAGCAGCACCACCGCCGCCGCCUCUCGUCUUUGGUAACCGUCUCAGAGGUGGCGGCGCUAGCAGCAAAUCGCUCCUCCCCCUUCAUCUGCUACCGUCACGCCUUCCUGGGUCUGCCUCCGGCCUUCUCCCCCGGCCCGCUGCUGCAGAGACGGCCGCCUCUGCUGCCAGUCGAGUCAUACCAAGAGUUCAGACGCCGCGCCUUGGCCCUUGCUGGAGUGACAGAGGACAGCAGUGAGUCCAAACCACACGAUCUCCCGCACUCAACGUCGUCCUCCUUGCCGUCCGCCACGUCAGCACCACUCUCCACAUCAGCAUCACUCCUUCCCACCCGCCCUCCUCCUCGCUCUACGCGGCCUUUGAUGGGCAUCAUAGCUCGCGAUAGGAUGCGUCGCCUCUGCCACCUACCAGAUCUGGUAAGAGCAGCAGAGUCGGCAGGGUUUGAGGUGCGAGUGCUGCAGUUUGAAAAGUUCGACGUGUGGCAGCAGAUUCGAGAGGCACACCAGCUAGACGUGCUGGCGGGCAGUCACGGAGCGGGCAUGAGUAACCUCAUCUGGUUACCACCCCACGCCCAGGUUCUAGAAAUCUAUCCCGCGCGCCCCACUCCCUUCCUCCUCCCUGCCCAGAACCUCAACCCUGCUUCCGACUAUGGCCGCUGGGCUAGUAUUUUUCAGGUUGAUCAUGUUGUUGCGCUACAGUGCCCGUUGCAGGAUGAACAGUGCCAGGUGGCGGAGCAGGUGGAGGAUCAGGUGGGGACGAACGUGGGGGAACAGCGGGGAGGUCACGUGGGGGUUCAGGUGGCGUCGCUCGCCUGCUUCGCUAUAGUAUCGCUAGCUCAGCAAGAACCGCCGUCUACCGGUGGAGGCGCGAUCGACCCUGGAGCCCCGAUAAGAGAAAAGCACCGUGGAGUCACGGCAAUUUCCGAGGACAUCAACGGUCAGAAUCUCAUCCCGAUCCACUUGGACGGCUCAGAUCCUUCCGUGAUCGAGAGCAUCGCAUCGGGCGGCUGCAAAGCCGGGAAAUGCCCCGAGUUCCACAUUUGCGAAGGAACCACUCCUUUCGGCAGCGGCUCGGGGAAUUUCGCGCUCUGCGAGAGCAAACCGCUGAUGACAUCAGCAGUGGAAAAGACGAUUCAAGACAUGGUCUUUAAUCUACUAUCUGACGCUCCCCCCGUGUCCAAUUGUCUGGAUGGUUCCGCCAUUGAGAAGCUCCGCGCGGGGGGAGCUUCCGCCUCGCAUCCCCCGUGGUUCCGCACAUGCCCUCCGCAAAACCCUUCCGCCGCUGGCGCAAGCUCCGCCGCCGCCGCCGCCGCUGGGGCUGCUGGGGGAAGCGGGAAGCUAGAGUCAUGCGUGGUGCCACCUUACCCCGGCCACGUCAUCAUGCUCCGUGACGUGUACGUCGAUCUACACGGCCACGUGUUCAACGGCACGCACCGCUUCGUCUUCGGCGGGGGUCCACGUGGAUCCGACGUGUCCGGAAAACCAGGAGAGGGCGUCACGAGCGAGUUUUCUUAUCCAAAGGGGACCACAGCGGUGUCCCAUCGCACCAUGAGCCAUCAGCUCUUUGGCUUCGACCUGGCCUCUGAUGUCCCCUUUUCCCAUCGCACCAUGAGCCAUCAGCUCUUUGGCUUCGACCUGGCCUCUGAUGUCCCCUUUCUCUUUGGAUUCGACCUGGCCUCGCGAGCACUGCACGCACCCCCAAAGUUCGGCCAAGGGGGAGGGGACGGGGCGAGGGAGGCACACCCCCUCUUCGUGCACUUGCUCUUUGUCGUAGCCCUCAUACCUCUCUGCCCCUCCCCUUCCCCCUCCCUCCUCCGCCUCCCCCGCGCCCGCCCCUUCCUCCCCCUCUCGUUUCUUCCCUCCUUCCUCCCGGCCUCCCUCCCCCUCGCUCCCCUCUUUCUUCCCCUCUUUAUGUAUUUCUUCUCUUUCCUCUGCGUAACACCUUAUUCCCCUCUUCCUCUGCGCUCCCCUCUUUCCCCCUCUCCCCCCACACCACCCCACCCCCCGUUCCCCCAGGCAGCCCUCGUUCCUCUCCUGCGCCUCCCCCUCCCCCUCUCUCCUCCGCCUGGCCCGCGCCCGCCACUUCCCCCCCCCAGGCGGCCUCCCCUCCUUCCUUCCGGCCUCCCCUCCUGCCCCCCCCUCCUUCCUACCCUCCUCCUCCGCUCUCUGACAAUUGAUUCCCAUGGGAACACUCGCUUUUGUGCGCCUUUCCUUCCACUCUUGGCUCACCUUCCUUCCUCCCCCUCCCUCUUUCCCCCCAACCCCCCCUUCCCCCCCUCCCCCACACCCCCCCCUCCCCCCAGGCAGCCCUCGUUCCUCUCCUGCGCCUCCCCCUCCCCCUCUCUCCUCCGCCUGGCCCGCGCCCGCCACUUCCUCCCCCCAGACGGCCUCCCCUCCUUCCUCCCCUCCUUCAAACCCCACUCCCCCCCGCCCCUCUUUCUUUCCGCGGAUGGGCUCUCAUCAGGGGGGGAGUGGCUGGUGGUGGUGGUGCGGACGGGGUUAGGGGGAGCGGGGGAGAGUGGGGGGGGAGGAGGGGGAGUGGGGGGGGUGGUGGAGGAGGAGGAGGAGAUUGAGAGGGUGGUGGUGGAGAGGUUUGGGGCGGAGAGAGUGGAGAGUUAUCAAGGUCACAUGGGCAUGGACGACGUCAAGAAGCUGUUCAACCGAGCUCGCCUUCUCAUCGGCCCCUCCAGCCUCGCACUCUCCUCCCUCCUCUUCCUGCCCUUCAAUGCUGCUCUUCUCGAGCUGCUCCCGCCUCCUGCUCUCAACACCUCAGCCCCUGCUGGACCAGGUUUGGCUCUAGGCCCUGAAGGGUUUGGCACGCUGGCAGCAGCAGUAGGGAUCGUCCGAUAUGCCGUGCCCUGUGGUCCUCACAUUGCCACUCACUCGCUCCUUCUUUCCAUCCCCGCUCCUUCCAUUUGUUCGAUCACACCAGGCUCGGUUUUAGACCCUGAAGGGUUUGGCACGCUGGCAGCAGCAGCAGGGAUCGUCCGAUAUGCCGUGCCUUGUGAUCCGUCCCUGAAGGGCCCGGCUGGUGGUGCUGCAGCAGGGGCAGCGGCUGAGUCAGCAGGAGCGGCAGCAGCAGCGGGAGCAACCGGAUCAGCGGGAACAGCUGGAUUGGGCAGCAGUAUGUCGUGCAGGCUUCAACUGGUGGAGGGGGCACUUGAUGAGAUCAUGAGCGCACACUUCAGCGAUGUCAAGCGGUCGGGAGCGGUGGAAGGCGGUGCAGGAGGAGGAACGGGAGGAGCUGCUGCUGCGUCUUCUUCUGCCUCCUCUGCAACCCCAUCCCUUGUCCCAUCCCCACCACCACCAUCACCAGCAGCAGCAGCAUCACCACCACCAUCAACACAACCACCACCAUCAGCAGCAGCAGCAGCAGCAGCACCACCACCACCACCACCACCACCUGCUGCGGUGGUAACCCAUCCCACCCGCAGCUCCCCAGGUUCAGAGAAAGACGAAGGGCCGCAACCGUCCCCUUGGUACGAGCUGAACGAGCAGCAGUGGGACGAGCACAGGGAGAAGAUUGCAGCAGCUGAGGGGGGCGCAGGGGCGUUUGUGACGCGGCUGUUUAACCUCACAGUGCCGCCCGAAAAGGACGAGACAGAGGACGGGGCGGGAGGAGGGGAAGGAGGAGCAGGAGGGGGUGUGAGUGAGGAGGGGGGUGGGAACCAGACAGCAGCGGGAAAGUCCCGCGCUGCCCCUCUGUUUCCAGAUUACUCGGAUCAUAUCCCAGGCACGCGCCUGCACACCAAGCGGCAUGUGCUUAUUUUCAACAAGUGGAUGGAGUGUGUUCUAAGAGAGGGAAGGUGGGUGUUUAACGCCACGCCCCGCACUCUACCCUGGGAAUACACGGGUUUUAUGAACAUGUGCGAUCACAAGCAGGUGGAGAAGCGCAAGGGGAAAGCGACGUGGGGAGCUGAUGAGAUGGUGCUGAAAGGGACGAGUCCGGAUAAGUGGACGGUAAGAGAAACACUUAAGUACGAGUAUCUGGUUCCGGAGGAUAAGUGUGGGGCUGCGGCGCUUAAGAAAGUGGUAGAUGCAGAGUUAGGCCCGGAAGCUGCUUCUACUGGUGCUGCUGGGGCAGCUGGGGCAGAAGAUACCAACGCAGAGGUUCCUGUGUGGAAGAAAUUCGACGGGCUGGAUUUUUGCAAGCGGGCAGCUGGGGCAGCUGAAACCAGGCGCGACAGGCUCUGGAGCAAUGGCUCUUCUGCCCCAGCCGCAAGAGACAGAUGGAUGGAUGAUCCCCGGAGAAUGCACAAGGGAUUCACAGUCUACAUAGUAGGAGACUCCCUCCAAAACCUGUUCGCUGCCACGUUUCUCAACCAUAUGCUGUGGCACGUGAAGAAGAGUGCGGCGUGGGCUUUAAACCGCACCAUCUGCUAUCAGUGGGUGGAGCACAAGCCGCACGUGCACUGCCAUAUGAACUUCUUCAACACCUCGCAGGACGUUUGCCCUGGGGCUUUUGCUGGUGAUGCUGGUAGUGGUGGUGGUGGUACUGGUGUCGCUGCUGCUGGUGCUGCAGGUGCUGCUGCUGCUGAUCCUGCUGCUGCUGCAGCAGGGGGUAUCGGCACGAACGGCAGCAGCAGCAGCGACGCGGGUGCGUUCGCCAUGCAUUUCACCUCCAACCGCUGGCUCACAGUGGGAGACACAUUCGUUGCCAAAGAAAGCGUUCCCUGGUCCCAGCACGGCGCAUUAGUCGACUCUGACGUGCUCCUAAUCAAUAGAGGAGCCCAUUUUACUGAUGAUGAGGCUUACGUGAGGGACGUGCGGCGGGCGCUGCGUUUCGUCCGGAGGAAUUUUCCGGAUAAGCUGAUUAUCUACAGGAACACUCCUCCGGGGCAUUUUAAUUGUACGGAGAAUCUGGGGCCGUUGGCGGAACGGCAACCCAAGGAGAUUUUGCCGUUUAAUUGGGGUGGGUUUAUGCGGCAAAAUGAGCUGGCGAGAAAGUUGGUGGAGGAGGUGGGAGGGAUUUAUAUGGAUGUGGAGGGUGUGAUGGCUUUAAGGCCGGAUGGGCAUACCAGCUGGUUUGAAGAAACGCCUCGGGAUUGCCUGCAUUACUGUACACCGGGGCCCAUGGAUUUUUACGCGCAGUUUGUUUACAACAUAUUGCUGCACACUGUUUUGUAA